CAUAAUUUGAUUUUCAAUUCAAUUUGUAAUAACAUUGCUUUGCAUUGACGUGAAGUGCCUUUAAGUGCAUUCAAUUGGUUUACUAAUUGUAUUACUACUGUAUUGCAAAUUAUAUCCAAUUUAAUGAUAUCUUAUUGCUAUUUGGGUUGAGAUCACAAACCAUUGAAGACAUGUCUGAAGAGCUGGAGUUGGCACAACUGGAACUGCUGUGCAAACAGUUGUACUCAUCGACGGACUCGAGUGAGCGGACCAAAGCGGAGACCACACUGUCCUUGCUCACUCAAUCGCCAUCGUGUCUCAACAAAUGCCAGUUACUGCUCGAGAGGGGAGACUCCUCUUACGCGCAACUGUUGGCCGCAACCACUCUCACCAAACUCGUGACCAGAAAUCCCAAUAUAUUAUCACUUCAGCAGCGGUUAGAUAUCAGGAAUUAUAUCCUAAACUAUUUGGCUUCGCGUCCAAAGUUAGCGCCGUUUGUAACCCAAGCGUUGGUCCAACUGUUCGCUCGCAUCACAAAACUCGGAUGGUUUGAGUCCGACAAAGAGGAGUUUGUCUUCAGGAAUGUCAUCCCACAAGUCAGACCUUUCCUUCAGGGAAAUGUUGAUUACUGUAUAGUUGGUGUCCAACUAUUAUCUCAACUGACGUGUGAAAUAAAUCAAAUCAGUGGUUCGGAUGCGAGCCGUUCGAUAACAAAGCAACGAAAGAUCGCCUCUUCCUUCAGAGACAACCACUUAUACGAAACGUUUCAAUUGGCGCACGACUUGCUGAGACGGGCCCUCCAGAGCUGGAAAAGCACUAAAUUCAUUGAUGAGACCCAACAGACUUUGGUCAGCAAUCUUCUACGGCUUGCUCUCAAUUGCUUAUCCUUUGACUUCAUCGGCACCUCUCCGGACGAGUCUUCAGAUGACUUGUCGUGUGUGCAAAUACCUACGAGUUGGAGACCGGCUUUCCUUGACUUUAAUACUCUGCAGCUCUUCUUUGAUCUCUUCCAUUGUUUGCCUCAAUCAUUGGCGCCGAUUGCGCUGUCGUGUUUGGUUCAGUUCGCAUCCGUUCGCCGGUCUCUUUUCAAUAACACAGAAAGAGCCAAAUUUCUUAUGCAACUCGUGUCGGGCGUCCGGUAUAUCUUAGAAAACCCUUCCGGUCUGUCAGACCCCGGCUGUUACCAUGAGUUCUGUCGGCUGUUGGCUCGUCUCAAGUCAAACUAUCAAUUGAGUGAAUUAGUCAAAGUAGACGGAUAUCCAGAAACUAUAGCUUUAAUCACCAAAUUCACGGUCACCAGUCUCCAGAUGUGGCAAUUCGCCCCCAACUCUAUCCACUAUUUGUUGAGUUUAUGGCAACGAAUGGUUGCAUCCGUUCCUUACGUUAAGGCUUCUGAACCACAUUUACUCGAGACGUAUACUCCAGAAGUGACCCGCGCUUACAUCACAUCCCGAUUGGAAUCCGUUAGUGAUGUGGUUAGGAAUGGAUUGGAGGACCCGUUUGAUGACAUAGGGAUGGUUCAGCAGCAGUUGGACCAACUGUCCACUAUAGCCCGGUGUGAAUAUGAGAAGACCUGCUCUCUGAUAGUGCAACUGUUCGACCAGUCGGCCCAAUCAUAUCAGGAACUGUUGCAGACAUCAGCCCUUUCGCAGAUGGAUGUGGCCAUACAAGAGGGUCGCCUCACUUGGUUGGUCUAUAUUAUAGGCGCUGCCAUUGGGGGCAGAAUAUUCCUCAACAGUACUGAUGAACACGACGCCAUGGAUGGAGAGCUGGCCUUUCGUGUACUACAACUCAUGAAUUUCACUGACGCCAGACUCGCACAGGGUGGUUCCUGUAAGAGACUGGAACUGGCGAUGCUUUCAUUCUUCGAACAGUUCCGUAAGAUAUAUGUUGGCGAUCAGGUCCAGAAGACAUCGAAGGUCUACAGACGACUGUCCGAAGUUUUAGGGCUCACUGAAGAGACUAUGGUUUUAAGUGUUUUCGUUAGAAAAAUAAUAACAAACUUAAAGUAUUGGGGAAACAGUGAUCUAAUAGUGACGAAAACCCUGCAAAUACUCAAUGAUUUAUCUGUUGGUUAUAGUAGUGUCAGAAAACUUGUCAAACUAGAAGAGGUUCAGUUCAUUCUCAACAACCAUACCAGUGAACACUUCCCCUUUUUAGGCAGUUCUGCACAAAUCAAUGAUAUGCGCUGUCGAUCAACACUUUACACGUCUUUGGGUCGACUUCUUAUGAUAGAUCUCGGAGAAGACGAGGAAAAGUUUCUCAAUUUUAUCAACAGUUUGACCGUCGCUUUCGAUGCGUUGGCAUUGCUUUUGAAGUCUAACUCAAUAUUUAAUGUGGACGAAGCAAAGAAAGGACUGAUAGGUUUGGCCCGAGAUCUUAGAGGUCUAGCGUUUGCCUUCAAUACUAAGACUAGUUUUAUGAUGUUAUUCGAGUGGAUAUAUCCGGCGUACACUCCAAUACUUCAUACGGCUAUCGAGCUCUGGUAUCACGACCCGCAUGUGACGACACCAGUCCUUAAAUUAAUGGCUGAAUUGGUUCAAAACCGGUCUCAAAGACUUCAGUUUGAUGUCUCGUCUCCGAACGGAAUACUACUGUUCCGCGAGACGAGUCGAAUGGUUGUCAAUUACGGCACUCGUAUUCUCACUCUCGGGGAUAUACCCAAAGACCAGAUCUAUCCAUUGAAAUAUCCUUUUCAUAAUUAUUUAUCAGCCCUAUGUGGAGGUUAUGUAAACUUUGGUGUCUUUCACUUGUAUGGCGACACAGCACUGGACGACGCGCUCAACACUUUCAUUAACUUAUUGUUAUCAAUACCUCAAACAGAUUUAUUGAAUUACCCGAAACUGAGUCAAACCUAUUACGUGCUGUUGGAGUGCUUAGCACAGGACCACAUGAACUUUUUGGCCAAUUUAGAGCCCAAUGUCUUUCUAUACAUCCUGUCCUCCAUCUCGGAAGGCCUCAACGCAUUGGACACAAUGGUGUGCACCGGUUGUUGCGCAACACUCGACCAUAUCGUGACGUAUUUGUUUAAAUGGUUGUCAAAGACGACCAAAAAGCCGACGCAAACGGGUUUAGUUCGCGAGAAUGAGACGUGUCUUAAAGUACUGGAACUGCAGCCGGAAAUACUUCAGCAAAUGCUGUCAACCAUUUUGAAUAUAAUUAUGUUCGAGGACUGUAGGAACCAGUGGUCUAUGAGUCGACCCCUUUUAGGGCUCAUUCUGCUGAAUGAGGAGUAUUUCAAUCAACUGAGACAAAGCAUUAUAAGCCAACAGCCCUCUGAUAAGCAGUCAUCGAUGGCUCAAUGGUUCGACAAUCUCAUGGAAGGCAUCGAACGCAGUCUACUUACCAAAAAUCGCGACCGGUUUACACAGAAUCUGUCGGUAUUUCGUCGCGAUAUAAACGACUCGCUGAAAGGGCCGGCUUUGGGCAACUCGUGCGGUGGCGCACAGACUAUUGCCGCCUCACAGGACAAUAUGAUGAGUUGAGACCAUUGAGCCAAUGCUCACCAAUCACUUGUAAAUUAUUUAUUUUUGUAUCUCUUCGAAAAAUGUAUUUGUUUUUAAAAAAGUAGAAUAAAAUUAAAUUCUUAAAUAA